ACUAAAUACACAGUUGUCCCAAAUUUUUUGGUGUCACUAACUCUUGGAUAUAUCAGCUUUUAAACUCAUGAAUGUUUUAUUUGCUCUUUCAUAGAUCUUCCUGAGAGAUAAACAAUUGGAUACUGGACAACAAAAGAAGUAAUCAGACUCCACUGACCUGUUUAACCCUGAUUGUGAAGGAUGAAAAGCAGCAGCUGCUUUCUGUGGAACAGGGCUUCUGGUGGCACUUGCCUCUUUCCUUUGGGAUGAUAUUGGCAUAAAGACAUCAAGGUGUUGAACUCAUAAUGCUGUGAGUUAUACCUGCCAGACUGUGUUCCAUCACUUUUUGAAGCAGCUUUGGUAAUGCACUGCUAUCAUGGCUGAACAAAGGCAACGAGCUUUGUCAACAUCAGGUGAAGCGCUAUAUGGCAUCCUGGCACUAGAGAAGGGAGCAACACAUGAUGAGAUUAAAAAGUCCUACAGAAAACUGGCUCUGAAAUAUCAUCCUGACAAAAAUCCAGACAAUCCAGAGGCUGCAGAAAAAUUUAAAGAGAUCAACAAUGCUCAUGCAACCCUGACUGAUCUGUCCAAGCGAAACAUAUAUGACAAGUAUGGAUCAUUAGGGCUCUAUGUGGCGGAACAGUUUGGUGAGGAAAAUGUUAACACCUACUUCAUGCUCUCAAGCUGGUGGGCAAAGGGCCUGUUUGCAGUCUGUGGUUUGCUGACGGGCUGCUACCUCUGCUGCUGCCUCUGCUGCUGCUUCAACUGCUGCUGUGGAAAGUGUAAACCGAAGGCACCUGACGGGGAGCAGCAGGAGUUUUGUGUGUCUCCAGAAGAUUUGGAAGAGCAAAUUAAGAAUGACAUGGAAAGAGAUGGAGAAACUCCUAUUACGCUUCAGCCGACUAACGUAACUGAGAAGACACAACUGAUUGGGGACAGCCAUCGGAGCUAUCGCACAGAGUCCUAGAGCAGGCGAGUGACCUGUUGGUGCUUCUCACUGUGUCUCACAGUGAGAAAAACAUGUGAUAAGUUCUGCAGCCUGUAUUCAUAGCUUUCUUUAAGCUAAUCAAGAGUAACCUGAGAGCAACUUCCUACCAAGGCAGAAUCUCCCUCUAUGCUACUUCCAAUACCUGCACUGUGUAUGGAGAUACAUAUGGCUUGUACGGAGCAUGCUGGUCUCUCACAGCUUCAUAUUAUCUUUCUCUCCAAUAAUAUUCCCUUUGGUAUAACUGGUCUCCUCCCUGCUCUCAUCUGUAGUUUCACCUCCCAGACACAGUCUUGAGUCCCUUUAUGGGCACACUGGCUGUCUCUCCCUGCUCCAGGAACUUGCAUGCAGCAGUUUUGCUGGAUGUGAAACAUUCCUGUGAGGGAGCCCCAGAAGUGCUCUUAAGCAGGCCCCAGGGAGAAAGCUGGUGGCAAGACAGAUGGGGCUCUCCUAGCCAGAGAAGUGCUCUUCGGAGGGCAGCUAGUGGCUUGCUGGGACCCAGCUCAGGCAAUUAUAAAUUACAAAUCCUGAGCCAAGACAAAGUGCUAGGAGAUUUUUCUGAUGGUUGUUAUACUGCAGGUCACUCCAAAUCCAGGAGCCUCAUCCAUAAAUAAUCUGCAAACCCAUGAGACAGUGGGCAAAGACCAGGGGAGAUGGAAGGCUGGUCCUGGGCUGUCCCAGGGCCUCUCUCCUCCUCCCACAGCUCCUCCUUUUGGUUCCCAGCCAACAGCUUUCUGCCAGCUGGCUUAUUCCACCAUGCCCUCAGUGUGUGGCGGUACUGCCCUGCUGGCACUGGGCUGGGAGCCAUCACAGCAGCACAGGCACUGGGGCUGUGGGAGCAGCAAGGACUUGGCAGGGAAAGCA